AUGUCAUCACCUGAUGACUUAUACGAAACCUUAAACUUAUCAAAAUAUACAUCAUCGUCGCCCACAUUUAGUCGCGCUGGAAGUCCAUUAAAUAAUGAUAUACAUGAAAAUGGUAUUAAAUACUGGCAUUUAGUUAAACAUCACGAUAACGACUUGCAAAAAGAAGGUGAACGUGUCAAUAAACUAGUAUCCGAAAUUUAUUUAACGCGUUUGCUAGCUACAAAAGGCACUUUACAGAAAUUUGUUGAUGAUCUCUUCGAAACAAUAUUCAGCACAGCACAUCGUGGUUCGGCAUUGCCAUUGGCAAUUAAAUAUAUGUUUGAUUUUCUAGACGAUCAAGCCUUAUUGCACGGCAUUACAGACCCAGAGGUUGUACAUACAUGGAAAAGCAAUAGCUUACCGCUAAGAUUUUGGGUAAAUCUCAUUAAGAAUCCUAACUUUGUAUUUGAUAUACAUAAAUCAAAUAUAGUGGAUUCCUGCCUAUCAGUAGUAGCACAAACAUUUAUGGACUCUUGUUCUACAUCAGACCAUAGACUAGGUAAAGAUUCACCAAGCUCAAAGCUGUUGUACGCUAAAGAUAUACCAGAAUAUCGUAAAUGGGUUGAUCGUUAUUAUCGUGAUAUCAGAGAAAUGCCACCAAUAUCUGAUCAAGAUAUGAAUGCAAUGUUAGCUGAAGAGUCAAGGCUUCACACAUCGGAAUUUAAUACGAAUUGUGCCCUCCAUGAACUUUAUACAUAUGUAGUGAAAUAUAACGAACAAUUAACCGUAACACUGGAAGAAGACGAAUUUUCCCAAAAGCAACGACUUGCCUACAAACUAGAACAAGUACACAAUAUUAUGUCAGCGGAAUAAUAAGAAUUUUCUUAUAUGAAUAUCAAAUCAAGAACGAAGGGAGGGGGGAAGAUAAAUACUAAUAUUUGUAAUCAUAAUAUAAUUAAAGGAAAAACAAAAAAGGAUAAAAUAUGGGUGUUCAAGAAAACUGAAAAACAUAAAAAUAUUAUGUACUACUUAGUAAUUAAAUACAUAUAGGUUGGUAUGAUUUUAUAACAUCUUUUAAACAUUUUAGAUAGAUAGCCUUACAGAACAAUUGCAAAGAAAUUAAUUUUAGUUAGUUAGAUUUAAACCAACCAAACAUACCUUUUAUCAGUGGGUUUAUUUAAUUUGUACUGGAAAUAUUUUCAUUUGCAGUUUCACUAAAAAAACAAAUACAUUUAUACUAAAGUAAUUUACGAACAAAAAGUGUAUAAACAUAAGCAAAGAUGUUGAUAAAUUUUCAUUUCUUUAAAACUAUAAAUCAUUUGUAAAAAGUAUCCAUAAAAACACACAGCAUUUAUUUAUCUUUGUCUAUUUUGUCUCUUUCAAUAUGUGAAACUGGGGCCUUAUAAUAUUUGACCUAAAAUAUCAUACAAACUAUAUGAUGACAUAAUGCUCCCCGUUUGUUGAUUUGCAUAAAAUAUCCCAGCAAAUUCAUAUACAUACAUAUGUACAUUAGGGUAUUUUCUUUUAUUAUAUUUUCGAUUUCAAAGGAGUGCCGGUCGGAUUAAUGUGGUAUAAAGUUGAAGUGCUAAAAGGAUUAUUUGCCAGUUUUCUAAAAAUUUACCUAAAAUGAAACUUUAAAUUUAUGUAAAUUUUUUUGCAAACUCAUUUUUUCAGUUAUAAAAUGUUUAUGAUGAAAUUGGCUGUUCGUCGUUUGAUUAAGUGUAUAUAACUAUGUUAAAAAUAUUUGAACCUAGUAAGAAGUAUAAUCACAGUAAUAUGAAUCCCAUAUAAUUUUGUUGUUGUAUAAAUAUGUAACUUAAUGUGUUCAAUUUUAUUUAUAUUAAAAGAAGUUGCGCAUUCUUAUUAGAAUUAUAAAUAUGAGAUUGCGUAUGAGUUUAUGAUUGUAACGGCAAAAUAAGUCGGUCCUUCAUCAAGUCUAUGAAUGUCGUUUAGAAUAAAUUACUGACGCAAUUUGAACUUUGGAGCAAAGUACGUGCACUCUAAUUAAUCCAUGCCUCAUUUUACGAAGUAAAAUCCUAACUACUCGAAAUCUGAAUGUUAAUUAUGAUAUAGAAAGAAUUACGCUUUAUUUUUGGUUUAUAUAAAUUAUAAAUAUUCAAAAUAUAUUAAGAUUUAAGAGUCAGAAAGUGAUAUUAGUAGCAUUUUAUCAAUACAUCGACAUAAUCAAAGACAUUUUUUGAGAUUUAUAACUAUUGGAAUAUGCAUUUAUUUACAAGACUUAUAAUAACUACUACUUUACUAAAAAUUCCAUUAAAAACAAAUAUUUUCCCGUUUUCUCCAUUUGUUUGAGUUAUCAAAAAGCUUGUUAUUUAAAAUUUUAAGUCUGUAGAUCUCUUUUAUACAAAUGAACACAUAAUUCCCAUUUUUAUACAUUUAAAUGUUGAAACUUAUGCAUAUUAAAGCUUGACAAAGAUAUUGGGAGGUAGGACAAAUAUGAAGGGAGAGUCUUACUGUUAGUUUGUUCCAUAUACGAGCGAAUGAAUUUCCGCUGUAGUAAGUUGUGCGAUCUACUGGCAAAUUGACCACAAUAGGAUGUGUUCCUGAUGAAAAACAUUUGUUACAUAUAAAUCGAAUAAGGGGACCAAUUCCUUGAUUUCACCUCUCACUUUUUGAUGGUGCUCUUUGAAACGAAAUUCAGUGAUAAGUAUGUAAAUUUUGGAAGCGCUAAUACUAACGUUGUCUCCAGCAUUCUAUUUUUCGCUUCACUUUUUCACAAUUUGUUUGAUUUCUUAGUAGAAAAACUUCGGCAUAAAUCUAUCUAGAUGAUUUCAUUUUCAGAAUAGGUUUUAAUUAUGAUAAAUGACAAUUCUGACUUUGAUUUUGAAACAACCCUUAACUUUAUUUUGAUGUCAACUUCAUACAUGUGUGUACAUAAUUGUGUUUUUUUUUUUUUUUUUUAAAUUUCAAUCAAUGCGGAAUGAAUUACGGCACGUAAUAUAAAAUUGCUGAGCUGUUAUUUGAAUAAAUCGGAUUACAUUAACACAUGCCGCAAAUGUUUUUAUAUUUAGACGAAAAUUUAUAAGAGCUGUGUGCGUUAUAAACAGUGUUCUAUAAUAUGUUGUCCUUUAAAUUAAUGAUUAAUGUUAAGUGUAAUAAAUAAAUAUAUAUUAUUUUCAAUAUUCCAAAA